GCGUAUUCCGGAAGGGUUGCGCGAAUCCGUUGUGCUCGCCUACUCGUUCGUUCGUUCGUACGUUCGUUCGUUCGUUCGUUCGUUCAUUCGUUCAUUCGUUCGUUCAUCUGUUCGUUCGUUCGUACGCGUUUUACCUACGUCGGAUCGUGAACAUUGAAAUGCUUCUCUCGUUGGAAAAGUCAUCCGUGGUUUCCGCGGAAAAUCCAUGGGAACCCGUAAGCAAAUAACACCUCGUUAGCCAAUCCUAUUUCGCGAUGCGUUAUCGAUCGCCGUGCCGAUUCAUGACGACUUCGAAUGCACCGCCGACCGCAGGACUUGUCGGUCGACAAAACAAUUACGCAAACAAGGUGUUUCGACUACCCUCUCAAACGUACUGCAUACCGCGUGUCGCUCAAGAUACGGGAUAAAAUUCGAUUGAACGUCGUACCGGGCUUGAACGUGAUCCCCGGACAAUUUAUCUCUUAAUUGUUUGAUACUUUAAGCGUGACACAGAGAUAAAAUAACGUAUAUUGAUUAUAAAGUCGCAUUAGAUCGGUGGUCGCACGAUAUAUCGUGAGACCACCGAUUAUUCUGAUCUCUUAACAAAGCCAAUGACAUUUGGUUUUGUAAAGUGAAAAUCACGCGGAAGAAAAUGUACCAUGGGAUAAAUGGUUCCUUAUUAACGUUUUAUUCAUUCUUCAAUAAUUUAAGAAAGAUUUAUUUCGGAAUUAUUUAAUAUUUAAUUAUCUCAAUAAUUCACUUGCAUUUAUUCUUAAUUUCAUUGAGCAAUAUAUUAAUUAUAUAACUCGUUCAACUGCGUAAGAUAAGCAAAUAUUGAAGAAUUAAUAUAGGUGAACAAUAUGAAUGAUGAAUGAAUCAAGCGCGACUCUAAUUUUCUUUGUUCAUAAUUAUUUUGUUAUUUAUAUCACCAUUGAAAAUUUCAAUGGGAUUUCGACAUUAAAAAGACGUAAAGAGAGAAAAGUCAGAGAAAAGAUAACAGUUGGAUGCCCAUUAAUGCUGUCUUAAACCAAUAGAGAUUUUAAUUUAGAUUUGAUACAACAACAAGAUUGUUAACAAAAGGUGAAAAGAAGGUGUCAAUAUUCCGCAUGCAACUUGCUAUCCAAGGAGCAUUAUUAGACGCAAGAAAUAGCACUUGCAAGAUUUACGAGAUCUAAAUCCGGCAUUCAUAAUUAUAAAUUAUUUCAUAAUCGGAGAUUCAAUGAAGCUACAAUUACUAUACUAAUUGACGAGUAUAAUAAAUAUACUCGUCAAAUGACGGUAAGCUAUUGAUAUCAGCCUGAAUUUAGACUCGGGCAUUCCCUUAUAUUCGGCAAAUUUGUCAAACGUCAGUUAAAAAACAUCGAAUAUCCUGCGUAGAGAAUAAAUGAUUUUCACACUCUCCCAAAUAUUGUAUAUCUCGGUCACGGAACAGUACGCAACGCGCGCGAGAGUAUCAAAACAAUAGGCAAAAAGGGCUGCGUCAUCCACGUCGAUAGCCAACCGUCGUUGCCCCCCACCAUCGCGGGCGACAACGAGUGUGAUCACACUAUCAGCGCUUUCAAAACAUUCCGGGCCCUCAAGACGGUCGGACGCGUACAGAAGAGUCGCAUACUCUUCCGAGUGUUUCAUUGUAUUCCGAGUCGGCGAGCACACGCAUACCACGUGGCACGUGUGUCGGUGCGCGCCCAGUUAUCGUUUCCGUCGGGUGAUUAGAACAAUCUGUCGGCUCUUGCACCAUUUAAUCUCUCUCUUUAUCGCGGCGUCGCGCGUUGUUCAGUACUUUUCUACGAUCGCGAGUGUCAGUGCCACAAGUGAAUAUAUCCGGAGUGACAUGACGGGAGCAGGAUCGGGAGUCAGGAUGAAGGAAGCGAGACGCGGUGACGUGGUCGGCGAUACAUCAUGUAUAUUCAGACUGGACCGUUUCGUAGCGAACAAAAAUGAGGACACGAGGUACAAAUCGAAUCGUUGCGUGAGCGGGGGCGGUAGCCGCGGAAACGGUGCGACUGGCGGUACCGGGGGCAGUUUAGGUACUGGAGGCGGCGGUCGCGGCGGCGGGGGCGGUGGUAGCCCCGGUAGGGGCAGCGGCGGCACCGGCGGCGGCGGGGGCGGCGGCGGCGGAGGAGGAGGCGGCGGGGGAGUAGGAGUAACAGACAGUGGCGUGGUGCCUACUGCACCACCGACUACCGGCCAUCACCCGCACCACCACCAUCACCACCACCCCCAUCAUCAUCAUUCUACCACCACGACUACCACGACCACCACCACCACCGGGGGCACGAGGCAUCAGAGGCACAAGUUGCAGAGCGGCAAGCAGUGUGCCGACCAUCGUCACUCACACAAUAACUACCGUCACCCAAGUCGCUCCCAUCGGGGCAUGAACAUGGGCCAAAAAAUUUCAGGCGGCGUGAAGAGCGUGGCGCGCGAGAGCGGAGCCGGAGCAGGUACCGGAGUAGGUGUCGGUGCUGGCGGUACAAUGAUGUAUAAAUCAGUUGUGCCGCGUGAGUUAUCACAGGAUUUCUCGAGACCGGCUCGAUUGGAUGUACUACUCGACAUGCCUCCCGCUUCGCGAGAAACACAAGUCCAUCACAGUUGGAACGCCGACGAUCGUAGCCUCAACAUAUUCGUCAAGGAAGACGACAAGUUAACGUUUCACCGACACCCAGUCGCGCAAAGUACAGACUGCAUACGAGGGAAGGUAGGAUACACCAAGGGCAUGCACGUAUGGGAACUAACUUGGAGCACGAGGCAGCGAGGCACUCAUGCCGUAGUGGGUGUCGCAACGGCGGACGCACCGCUUCACAGUGUCGGUUAUCAGAGUCUAGUUGGUAACAAUGAGCUCAGUUGGGGAUGGGACCUUGGUAGAAACAAACUCUACCAUGACUCGAAGAAUAACAACGGCGUGACGUAUCCGGCCCUCCUGAAGCCGGAUGAGACCUUUAUUGUUCCUGACAAAUUCUUGGUGGUCCUCGAUAUGGAUGAAGGUACGUUAGCGUUCGUAGUGGAUGGUCAGUACCUUGGCAUAGCCUUCAGAGGACUCAAAGGAAGAAAGUUGCAUCCAAUUGUGUCAGCCGUUUGGGGACAUUGCGAGAUCACAAUGAGAUAUAUCGGCGGACUUGAUCCCGAACCGUUGCCGCUGAUGGAUCUUUGUCGAAGAGUAAUCCGACAGAGAAUUGGUAAGCAGAAAUUGGAGGAGAAGAUCAACGACCUGAAUCUGCCACAAGCGAUGAAGACUUAUCUACUUUAUCGCGACCGAAGGUAACCACCGAGUGAAUCUCUUAUCACCGUCGAAUACGAAUCCGAACAUCACCGCGCUACAACGUUGUUGGCACUACGACGCACAGGUGACCGCCCGCUAUCCACCCUCGCAUGCUACCGAGCACAGCAGCCCCUUAGCCGCGCGUCUCCGUUAAUAAAGCGUCCGAUGAUCAACAGACUGACACGCGUGAUGCGACGACGCAUUGAGACGUAUACUGGCACUUCGAGAAGGCACGCCGAGAGAACGGCGUCGAGAUACCGUACCGAUAACGACUCGUGGCGACCAUAUUGGGAUAGGUCGCGACGACCGCAGUAUUUAUCGUCGUUAUCAUCGUCCACGAGCUUGACUCGAUGGCGACAACGUGAUUCGCUCGAUAAAUCAUAAUUCUAACAAAGCUUCUUUACAAUCGUUUUACCGUGUGAUUUUGAAUGGGGUGAAUUUAGUUAAUUUACGUGAUUUUAGUAUUUCUUAUCAUAUGUAUCAUACUCAUUUAGAAAUUAAACGAAAACGUUAGAGCAUUCGAAAUAAAAUCGAAAAGGAAGGCAAUGAUUUUUAUUGCCUUCCUUUUUAUUGUCGGCUUAUAUUGACAAUCGCUCUAUAUUAUGGUAUUGACGAUUUAUAAUUUAAUAUUGUUGAUUCUUUUUGAAUAAUUGCGCCGAGAUAGGGCGUAUUGUUGUUAGAGAUUUAGAGAAGGCACACAUACUUUUAUUAAUACUUUUUUUAUUGCUUGAUGAACGAAUGAGACGAUGAUACGAUAUGCAAUAUAAGGUAAUUCAACGAGGAAAUAGUUUUAUAAUUUGCGCGAAUGAGACUCUGGAGACGCGUGGUCGACGAAGGAAAGCAAGGAGCUACGCGAGAGAAUAUGAAAGACCUACAGCGCUUCUCAGUUGGCCAGUAAAAAAGUUAGACUUAAUCGAGCCUGCAGGCUGAUACGAGCAUGUCGCUUACAACCGACAGUUGAUCGACAGUGAAUAGCGGGUUUGCUGUAGUUCAGCCGUAGCUAACACAUUCAUCAUAGUGGUGCGGCGGGAUAAGAUGAAGUAAUAAACGACGACAGAAAAGACGAAGAAUCCAAGCAAAUAAGACGAAGAAUUAGAGCAAAUAAGACAAUGGGAGAAACACGCGCAGAAGAUUUCCAUGAUAUACCAGCGACCAACGAGAAAUAGAAGAUUUGUUUAACUGGGAAGAGUAGAAGAUUGUUGUUGAAUGGAACGAUUAAUUGAAUUUGCGACAGAAGUGUGUACAGUGAUGGAAGCCAACGCAGAUCGGGCAGCCACCUUCCAAUAGAAACUCAUUUUUUAAGUAUUUUCUAAGUAUACUAGGUCUAAUAAAAUGUAGUAGUGCGUGAUGGAUAUAAAAGGCAGAUAGGAAAACGGUAAGAGUUGCUGAGAGAUGCAGAGGUACAAAGGUUAGCCCUGCCAUAAUUCUUCUCUCGCUACAAAGAGAAACGUAGACUUCACAGCCGAGCUUCAAUGCAUGAACGCACGAAAAGUAUACAACUAAGAGGGGGGAAUUUUGCGUGAUGAAGAGAUCGAGUGAAGAAUGCGUUAACAAACGACGGAGAAAUAAGUUAGUCACGUGAAACCGAACUCGAGCGUAUCCGGUAUUAAUGUGAGCCUAAUAAAUUAAUUAAUAACGAGGAGCAAUGGAAGCAGAAGAAAAGGGAUGAAACUAUUCGAUAAAAAUUAUGUACCUCAUGUAAGUAAAUUUUAAGGAAUAAAUGAAUUGUGUCUCUUAACGUUUUAGGAGAAAACGACUUUUAAGACGGGCAUUGGCAGAAAUUAUUCCAAACACGAAUUAAAACUGUCAGGGAGGGCCAUGUUAGUAACAAUAAAAAAAAGAUAGCAAGAGCGACAAGAGAGAAAGAGAAAAAAAAGUAGCGAAGAAAAGACGAGGAUUAUUAUUACAAUGACGACGACGAUGAGCGAUGAUGAAUAAUGAUGCUGAUUAUACCGGGCGUGUAACUAUUAUACUAUUAGCAUGACAAUUCUUGCGACUGGUCCCUAAAUAAUCCCUCUUUACUCUUACGUUUGUCGCUUAGGUUAAAGAUAAUGCCGCUGAUCAUGUCGGCGAUGUCGAUUUGUACAUACGUAUAUUGAUAAUAAUAAUGUUUAAUGACGUAUAACUAUGUAUCGAGGACGACGAUUGUAUCUGUAAAUCGCGAAAUAUGCAAACCUAAUACGAGAGAGCGAAAGAUAGAGUGAGAGAAAGAGCGUGAGCGAGAGAGAGAGAAAGAGAAAUAUACAUCAUUUUCAUCUAUUUUCAAUACGAUCAUCGUGUAUCGUCAGGCCUCCAUUCUCGGUGUUGCUUUGCUUUUUUAACGCGCUAGCUUAACGCGAUUCGAAGUCACCCCGAUCCUCAUUUUCUCCAAUACCCACGCAUCGUUGUUCACACCUCCGGCUUGAGCUCGUCCGGAACUUGGAUCGUAUCGCGUCUUCCAAAUUGUCGCCAAUCGUUCGUAGCCUAUUUAUCGGCCCGGCGUGUGUUCGUGAACGACGUAGGACGAGUGAAUUCGCGACAAGUCAAUUCGAUAUCGCGGUAUCUGGAGAAAGGAUAACGGAGCGGUCGGGUCGUCUCACGUGCAUCUAUUAUGCGUUCUUUGUCUUCUUGUCAAUCGCGUGGUAUAUCGCGUCGGGCCGCUGUUUGCCCUAAGCCUCGUCGGACGUAAGUCGUGUUUGCUUUCGCGUCUUCGCCGACCAUCUUCUUCCUCGGUCGUCAGUCUCUCUAUCAUCAUUUCCGUUCGGACGAGCCGGCGCUGCUCGUUCGCCGGCCCGCUCGCCAACGACGAGUCCUCUUUGGCGAGGUGAUCCGCGCGCAGCGACGCAGCCGUACGAAUUACAACCGCACCCGUACCAGUCAAUAGCACGCACGAUCUCGCACUCGGGGGCUCUGGUUGCGCGGCUCUCCGCCGUCUUCAGUACGCGUAUCACAUACGCCCAGACAUACAAAUAUACACACACAUACACGCGUGGGAAUGUGGUGUAAGAUCUAUAAUCGAACUGUCAGCAAUUCAAUUGAAGGAAUACCUUUUCGACAAUAAGACCAUUGAUAAGAGAGAGCGAGAGAAAGACGUGUCGCGGCACAAAGCUUGGUUAAAUUAAUUAAUAGAGUAGAUGCCUAUGUUGUCAGCAUAUAGUCUCCCCGGUUUCGAUUCCCGGGCCAGCAAAACGCUCACGCUCCCGAUAUACUUUCUCUCUUCACUCUUAUACAUUGGUCUAUCAGAGGCAUUUACCUUCGCUACUCCUUUUACUACUGUUAUUACACAUGGGGAAAGACGUGGAGAAAACGUAGUAUUAUGAUUACGCAAUUUCGCUGCAAGAAAAGUCAAAUUCUCGAUCUUUUUCUCGUUGAAGGAGUUCUACUUUGACAUGUGAAUAUUUGGAUGGAAGAUUCAUUGGCAAUUCAGUCGAGUAAUUGUGCAUUUCUAUAAAUAUUUUAUUAUAAGUAUACAGAAAAAAACAUUCUUGUUUAGAAAAUAUUUCUAUCUUUAAUUUUUCAAAGAGACUAUAUAGUGUGAAAGAAGUUACUUGCAAGAACAUUUUAUAUGACACGAAGAAAACCUUGUGUUCUUAUUAUUCAAAAAUAAUUUUCGUUAAUGAAAAGCAUACAUUAGAAUGUUUUUAAGUGCAUGUUAUGUCCCAAGUUCUCAUAUCUACUUAAAACUAAUAUAUUCAAAUUAAUAAUCAUUGUUUCAUAUAUAAACACCAAUAUAAAAGUUUGACAGAGGAAUUGUAUAAUUUUGAAUUUAAACAAUUAUUUGUUGAACUGAAUAUAUAUAUUGCUGCAAGUAACUUAUCUUCAUUUAAGGCAAUCUCAUUUGAAGAUUAACAUAUGAAAAAAAAGAUAUUUUCCAAACAAAAUCUCCUUUUUUCCUGUGUAUGAAAUCAAAUUUUUUUUAUGGAAAUGUUUCAUAUGUUUUACGGAGAUGUUUAUAUCUUUGAUUCCACCAUUCCAUCCUCUCUUCCCUCCAAACAAACACAUAAACCUAGGAAUAUGGUAAGCAGCGUUUGCCUUCGCUACUCCUUGUACAUCGCGCCGCGACGGUUAUUACACGUGGAAAAGAUACCAUAGUGACGCGCAGGUUGUGCACGAUUACUGUGAAAUAUCUUGAUUUUCCUCUUCCCGUUGGGAUGUGUUGCGACAUCGACAUAUGAAUAUUUGAAGAGGAUACAUUGGUAAUGAAGGCAAGAAUGCUCUUCACCAGUUCUCUCUUGCCGCAAGAUUUAACUUCUCCCUUGAAAAAGAGGAUUCGUGGACUCAUAUUUCCACCAUCUUCCACAUUGCCGAAGGAUAAUUUCGUCGUAAGCGUGAAACGAGUUAGUGAGCGAGGGAGGAAUACUGCAAUCUGAGAGACCUCCGCACAGAAAGAAUGCCGUUCUCAUAGUCUUCGUCUCAUCGCGGUUGGUGUAUAUUUUUUUACUCGACGUCCGCGCACGAUGACGAGGACGAGACGGCUUUCUUCCAGUGCGUCGAUCUCGCGCACGACUAGUAGACUUGACUCUAGUAUUCUAGGAGUACGUACGGAACGAAACUUACUGAUAAUGAUGCGCGUAAAGAGACGCUUGACGAUACGAUGCGCAUAAGCCAACGUGGUAGACGCUGCUAUUAGAUCUGUUUUUAUCGCUGAAUUAGUGUACACUUGCGAAAUUUAAAAAGAAACAGUUGAAACUUUGUGAAAAAAAGGAGGGAAAGAGAACUAGUGCAAGCUGGUGCAGCCAGUUCAGCAGUAGAAAACAAACCUAUUAGCUCGUCGUCCGUUUAAAUAAUAUCUAAAUGCUGUCCCGAUGCUAAAUUAUAAACGAAUUUAUACCGGUGUCCUCGACGGGCAAAGAGAAAGGUCAUCGAGUCCUGAUACGCAUUCAUGCGCGUAUGCGUGCGUCCUCGAAGCGAGAGGUAUUCCCGCAAAUAUACUUAUCGUUAUACGUUUUAUAUGAACAAUUGUCUCAAUAUUACACAAGCGCGAGUCACGGUCCGAGCAUGAGAUAGGACAAAUAGCAUUAGAAUGUUGUACAUAUGAUUAAUGAUUAAUAAUAUUAUUGUAUCGAUUAAUAGAUAAAGCGAUUAAUCGAUACCCUAAUCACUUUUUUGUUAUAUUAUUCGGUUUCUACUGUAUAUGUGGAGAGUUAUAUGUGCAUGCGAUCGGUCGAUUGAUUAACGGGGACGAACGUGAGAAAAUUAAUCGAUAGUCGGAUUGACUCAUGCCCGUUGGUGAGCGCGCCAUGGCACAUUUGCGCUUUAAAUUUAUUUGUUUUGCCAAAGUUAUUUGCCGUAAACGAGAAGAAAGAGAGAAACGAUUUAUAACGGAACCCAACCAGCAUAUUCGAUUAAAUUACUUAUCUUUUACAAUUGUUGAUCAAAAACAACUACAGUCUCAAUCUAAAUACUUAUAGACCAAGGAUGUUGAAAUUUUUAUUUGUUACAUCUCUAUUCCUCUGUAUUAUUUUCUCAAGAUUUUCUCUUGUUGUUUAAUUUUUAUUGGCAUAUUCUAAGUUUGGUCAAUAUAUAUUUUAAAUUUAUACAAACGUCAAUACUGACAAAUUAUUAGUAUUUUUUUUUAUUUUUGAUGAUUUCAUUAAUUAAUGAAAAUUCAUUUCAUUAAAUUAAUAUUUUAUUUUAUUUCUUAAUGAUGAAUCAGUACUAUUUUUUAUUAGUCCUAUUUUCCAUUCUUUCGUUUAUUGAAAUUUAUUUUUAUUUCUUUUUCAUUUUCUUAUGUGGAAGUGAUUUGAUAUAAUUAAAAAUUAUAAUGUAUUGUAUUUUUAAAUGUAUAAAGUUUUUGGUAUAAUUCUGUGCGCACGUAAAAUGACCGUAAAAUGACUGUUUUUUACGAUUUCUCGAAUCGGAGGAUGGAAUUUUCGGAAUACGAAUAUAUGAAGAGUAAGGUACAAUAUGACGAGUAAGGUUUAUACUAUAAUUAUCAUCUUCAUUAUUACAAAGCGACCUCGACAACAAAAAAGUAGUUUGUACUAAAACUAGGUUUUACAAAGCUGAGGAGAAUUAGAUCUCCUCAUUGCAUCGAUCGAUCGCGUUAAAACGAUCGCGAGAAGGGGACAGUUAAGUUAGCUUUUAAUAACGAGACCCGCAACGAGACGUUUCGUUUGCGCAAGUCACGAAAAGUUUCUCCGGCAAAAUUCGCGUGGCUGUUGCGAAGAUUAUUUUCCGUGAACUGCCUGCCCACCUGCCCUUGCAAACUACGUUGCCUCGACAAAUGUGUCUAAUUUAUUGACAAUUUCCACACUUAGCAGGACGUUUAAUCUGCCUUUAAUUGAAGUGGUUAAUAUAAUUAGGAUAGUAAUCUAAAAAAAAGUAUGCAAGCGAACGCGUAUGUAAGAACGUGCAAAUUGCAUUUGUAUGUAUGAACGACUGUAUGUGUGCGUGCGCGCAUGUAUGUAUGUGUUGUACAGGUGCGUUAUCAAAGUCGGACACCAAAAUGCGGUGAAUUACUAAUACUACCUUCCUUCCGCUUUCUUUUUUUUUUUUAUGCGCGGACUUUUUCAAUUUUUACGUUUUAUCCAUGUGACAUGAAGCGACCUCGACGACAAAAGUAUAAAAUAUCUACAACGUGUAAAUUGACAUCAAUGAAACGUAAUCUACGAGAAUGUGAAACACGCGAGAUGUUACUUUAUAUUUCCACAAGCGAUAUUUGUAACACAACAUUAUUAUACGAUUAAACUGUAUUCUUUGAAAGCAUGAAUAGGAAAGCAAGCAGAGUUCGUCAUCGGCGCUGCCAAAAUGAAAUCAGACUAAUCGCGUAAAUGGUUCUAGCAAUAUGUUCUCAUUUCCUUCGUGUUUUGUUAAGCCUGGACUAUUGUAACGAGCGAUCUCACGUCUAUAUUAAGUGUAAGUUUAUACGCGUUUAGCGUGUUACUAUGGUGGGCGCGCCAAGUUCCGCAGAGAGAGAAAGAGAGAGACAGACAGAAAGAAAAAGAGAGCGAGCGAGAGAAAAAAGAGAGAAAGAGAGACGUCGUCCCGGAACUCGAAAAGUGGUGUAGCAGAUGUACAAUUAUUUUAUAUGUAAAUACCCUGCAUAAGAAGUAAUUAUCUCCGCGGGGUAAAAUCCGUUUUGUUAAUCGUUCAAACGGAAAAUCGUAUCGUCUCCAUGUAUUGACUUUGCUUUUUUUGCAGGCCACUGUGCGUACUCGUAUUUCGGGAUCACGAUUUCUCGUUUUUGCGUGUCCGCCGUUAUCGAAACUGAGACACAUGAAAAAUGCAUGAAACGGAGACUAAUGCCUUAACGUUAACGAUAAUACAUUAUUGAAUAUAUUAUUAUAGACGAUUAGCUGAGACGGAAAGAGGAAGAAAAAACUGCGAAAUGCAAGAGAAAAAGGGAGAAAGGAAGAGAGAGAGAGAGAGAAUGAGAGAGUGAGUGAGUGAGUGAGACACGGAAGUGCACAGUGGACGAAUACAAACGAAAGCUAACAACACAUAAAAUGCCGAAUGCGCGAUCGUUCCAUUCUGUUCGCAAUUUGAUAGUUCUUUUCUUAUGUAUACUCCGACGACGAGAGAGAAAGGGUGUGCCAGUGAGAGAAAGUGUGUGUACAAUAGCGGACUGCUACCUAAAAUAGUUCAGGCUAGAUGUCGAUGUUUGUAGCGGAUAAAACACAAAAAAACACA